GAAUGGAAGUGCGGCUAGCAUGCCCAGCCUAAUGUGGCCACGUGCCAUUGUGAUGCAUCGGCCAUCAUGGCCCCUUCCAGACUCGUUUGGACAUUGAAGCCUCCUGUACCGUUUCAGCUUUCAACAGACGAAAGUAGGUCCAACAACCCUUCCGUCUUUUUGAUGCAGCCAAAGAAGUCAAAUUUCACUUUUUUUUUCUACCAGAAAGAUUGGCCAUUUCCAAGAAAAGUCUAGAGCAAACUAAUACUGCCAAGGGUAGCUGCUUGUCACUCAGCAGCAGCCAGGCAAGAUCGUAAAAAGAUUUUCCUAAGACUGGCUCAAGACCUGAACAAGAUGUAACAGUUAUCAAAGAAGGGGAAAAGUACUAGAAAAGUGAUGAUGGAAAGUAGCCCAGAGUACCCUAGCUCCUCAGAGGAGAUGGGUAUGGAGAUAGAUCUGGAGGCUGGCUCAUCAGAGUCUUCACCCCGUGUGGAACAGGAUGAUGGUGCCAAUUCUUGUCACAGGAGUGAGAAUGGCCAGGACAGUCGGUACUCCCCAACUCACCCAACAGGGGAUGAAGAGAGUGAUGAUAGUUUUCAGGACAUCGACCACAGACACAAUACCUCGGCAUCUGGCAGCCAGCACUCCAGUGGCGCCAGCUUCCCCACUGACUAUGGCUGCCAUAGUGACACAUCAGGUGGCAGCCAUGCAGACCAUGCACUCAACCAUGGUUCAGUCAGCCAUGAUGAUGGUGACAGUAAAGACUACAAAAUUGAUCAUGAUGCAUUACCUGUGAGUGACCACAAUGUCGACAGCCCCCAAGAACUGGGCCCUAGCCAAGCUAGUCAAGAAUCAAGGGGAAGUUUUGAAAUGAGUGAUACAUUUUUAGACAAUUUGUGUCCUCCAGACAAUGCUUCUGAGGAGGGGGAAGAGGAAGAUCGGGGUAUACAGAAAAAGGAGAAGGCAGGCGAUCAGCAAGAAAAUUGUAGAAGGGACCGCAUUGAAAAACACACUGAGCUUGGUCCUGAAUCCAGCCCAGUGCCAGAACACAGUCAGAAACAGUCACAAGAUGUCCUGCUUUUGUCACCUGCUGAGCACCUAGAAUGUAGAGAAGAGGAACAAUAUAUGGCUGAAAGAGAAAAUUUAAGCAAGGAAGAGAAGUUACAUCCUACAGGACCAGUAGCAGCAGGACAUGGUGAAAGUGUUGCUAAAAAUAGUCAAAGGGAAGAUGUUUCAAAAAGGAAAGAUUCUGAUAAAGACUCCAGAAAGGCUCAUGGUAGUGAUGAUCGCAUUGGCAUUGCAGAGACACCGCCUGACUUUGAUGAAAAGGAACAAGCAGAUCUGUGUGUUCAGGAAAAGUACCCUUCUGACACAAGGAUGUCAGAAGAUAACAGGGUCUCACAUUUACUAUCUGAGGAGGACAUAGAAGAUGCUAGGAGCUCAGCUACAGAGCAUAGCAUCUCAGGAGCUAGAUGCCUGGGUGUGACUCGAGUCAUUGAGAGGAGAGACACUGAAGAGGGGGAAGAAGGUGACUCAAGAGUUGUACAGGCUGUUAAGGCAGAACCUAAGUAUGAGAGUGAUGAAGAUGUGCAGAUAAUUGAGCCACCUGCAGAAACAGAACCCAUUGAUAUGCUUAUUGUUGAAGAUGAUGAGGAUGAUGACAUCAACCAAAUACCCAAAAUGCCUAUCUCAGAGUUGCCACGUAUACCAAAAAAGAAACGAACAGUAGAACAGGAUGGGGCAGACUUGCGCAUUGUUAUUAGAGAGGAAGGGCGGCACCGAGAUGACCCUGACCGACGUCGAAAAGAGGAAAGGCGACGAGAGUCUCGCCAUGAGAGAGAUUCGCAUAGAGACAAAGACUCAUAUAGAGAGUCUCACAAAGACUCUUACAGAGAAAAAGACUCAUUUAGAGGUAAAGACUCAUAUAGAGAUAAGGAUGUACACAGAGACAAAGAGCCUCAUAGAGAAAAGGAUUCUUCUAAAGACUCAUACAGAGAGAAAGAUACAUAUAGAGAGAAGGAUACAUACAAAGACUCAUACAAAGACAAAGAUUCAUACAGAGAUUUGUACAAAGACAAAGAUUCGUACAGGGACAAAGAGUCUUAUAGAGACAGAGAGUCACAGGGCAGAAGUGAGUCAGAUCGGCGGUCAGAUUCAGGAAGGCGGUCUGAAUCUGAUCGCUCCCGAAGACGACGUCAUCGGUCACAUAGUCGCUCUCACGAGAGGAGAAGCAGAUCACGAGAAAGACGGCGAAGUAGAAGGUCAAGGUCUAGGUCUAGGUCACAUUCAAGGGAUCGAUCACAUCACCGCAAUCGCAGAUCAAGGGGCAGGGAGAGAUCUGGAGACAGAGAAAGACAAUCCCAUAAAAAGAAACGCAAGGACAAAAGCCGUGAACGUCGAUCACGUAGAAGCCCAUCUGAUUCUCAUUCACGCAGUCCACUUUCAGUUGACAGAGAGGGUUGGAAUAAAGAAAAUCUUAAUGAUGACGAAGAAUCUGAUGUUGAUAUUGUAGAAAUAACUCGCCGAAAGCGUCACUCUCGUCACCACAGUGAUAGCAAACCAGAUGAGGCACCAGUCCCAGCCAAGAGGCAGGCUGUGACCUGGAGCCCAAGUGAUACCCAUGCCAAAGACCCAUCAGAAACUCCUUCUCCAGUAGCAUCCCCUGUCCCUGAACCUGUGCCAGAGGCACAAGAGGACGAGACAGAUGAUGAAGAGGAGAAAGGAAAGUUAGAAAUAGUUGAUGUAGAACAAGAAGUGGAAUCGCCUGCAGUUGAUGAGCCAGCUGAUAGUACUGAGGAUUCAGCUAGUGGUCUUAUUGAGAAAGGUGAGGAGGAGCCUUCAGACAUAAUUGUGCCAGAAAAGACUGAGGAUGCUUCUCAACAAGUACAGACUGUAACGAGUGGUGAAGGGUUGUUGCCUAGGUCAGUGUCUCUGGAAGGGCCUCUGCCAAAACCUGGUUCGGGUGAAGGUCUUUUACCAACACCUGUACGUGGUGGCAAGCUUGAAGAAAGUGUUUACGAUCCUGCUCAUCCAACAGAUGAAGAACUUGAGAGAGAGGCUUUGUUUGCCAGUGGAGAGGCUCAUGCCCUCCCACCUCCCCAGCUUGACAUGAUGGGUGGACUAGCAGGGCAGUUUCUCAGGGAAGGAGGGAUAUUACAACCACCUUCACAAAGUGUACCUCUUCCUGCUGUGACAUUUGGCCCUCAUCGUCACCUCCUUGUCAAUCCUGUUAUUGUCAGCCGUCCACCUUAUCCCCGCUUUUCUUCCCAGAUGCCUGCUCCACCUUUGCCCCCACGCUUCCAGUGGCAGGUUGGGGGACCUGGCAUCAUUUCACUUCAGAAUCAGUUUGGUCAACGCCUUCCUCCAGCACCUCCACCUCCUCCUCCCAGAGGAUAUGCUCCACAGUUAAAUGGAGGAUUUGAAACUCUGCCUCUGGAAGGACCUCCCCCAACAAUUGGACAGUUCCCUGCAUCAGUUCACACAUCCCUAUCAGACAUUGCACCCAUGCCAGCACCUCCUAUUCCUCCCCAGGCUCUUCACUUGUUGCCACAUCCUCCAUCUCAGCCACAUCCACUGUCUCAUCAACACUCUCUGUCACAUCAGAUGGAGGCUGGACUCCAGGAAGAGGAGAUGGCAGGAAAGAAGUUUGAUCUCCCUUUGCCAGAACUGUUGGCUUGUAAAAAUCUUGCAGGCUUGAAGGAUUCAGAAAUUUCCACCAGGCAAGAAGAUAGCAUAUCUAGAAGCAAGCUGUUGCCAUCUGUUUUUAAAGUACCCUUGCCUCCAGGACCUGCAGGAAAAGCUGACAACAAAAACAGCCUGUCAGCAGUUCAGAUCAUGGAUGUGGCACCUGAUGAUCCAGAGGAUUCUACAGAGGUCAUUGACAUGGAUAUGUCUCCUCUGGAGGAUGAGUGUGAGUUGGAACUUCCUACACCCCCAGACCAAGACACAGAACCUGCACAUGGCCAUAGUGAGGUCAACAACUCCAAACCUCUGGCAGCCAUAGAUUUAAAGGCACUGAGCAGCGUCAUAAAGAAACUGACAUCUCAGGCUGGGGAUGAUGUUCCUACUUCUGCUGUUGACCUGACCAACAAGGAGAAGUAUCUCAAAAAACUCCACCUGCAGGAGCGUGUGGUUGAUGAAGUAAAACAGGCUAUCAGGCCAUUCUACAGCCACAAGAAAAUAAGCAAAGAUGAGUACAAGGAAAUUCUUCGGAAGUGUGUACCAAAGGUAUGCCACAGCAAAAGUGGAGAUAUCAACCCACAAAAAAUACAGCAGCUUGUUGAAGCUUAUGUAACAAAGUUCAAGAAAAUGCGUAAAGGCAAAAAGGACAAGCCAUCAAAAGACAAAAUGAAAGCUAAUGGAGAGCGCAUAAAGUCGCAGAGAUAAUGUUUCUAAUCAUGUGUUCAAGCUGGAGUUGUUGCUAAAAUGGCAGUCUGUUGAACAUAAAAUGAAAUAUGUCUCUGCCUGUUUCUGUAAAGCUGGUUCAGAUGGGUUCCACCUUCAGUGUUCUGUGACUGAAAUUUCAGUGAAAGAGCAAUUGAAGGUGAUUACUCCCAGGAAAACUUCUUAGAUUAUGUGUUGUUCCCAUGUUUUGAUUAGUGCAGACAAAACUCAGUGUUCAACUGCUACGAUUCACUGUCAUGCUUAGACUGAAGAUCUACUUCACUUUCCUUUCACGGGGUUUUUGAAAUGAAUGUGAUGUCCAUGGUGAAGCAGAUGUGAAAGCACAUGAGACAAAAGCAACCAGUGAAAGCAGUACUUAGAAAUAACCAAAUUUCAGUGCUUGACCAAACAUAUAAUUAUUCUGAUGUGUCUGCUUGUAAAACAAUCAUGCUACCUUGUGAAAUACAGUCGUGAAAAGUUUUAUAAUAUAUGAGUGUGUGUAAGUGCAAUUGUUUGUGCAUGGAGGGGAUUUGGAAAUAGAGUGCUAGUUAGCAAGACUGACAAAAAUUAGUUGCUAGUAAAGAUACACUGACAGUUUUCUCUCAGUCUGCCACAUUUAGCACAAAAUAAGUCUCAAAAUGGUAGAAAACAGACUGACAGAAAAUCCAACAAAGUGAAGGUAAAAUAGUGUGCGGACACAAAAAUCUUGGCAGACGUUGAAUGGCCCCCAAGUACCUGUAUAUUUUUGGGGAUGUAUAGGAUUCUAAUGUAAAGACUUAUGCCAGGCACAUCUCCAUCCACUGAUUAAACAAAUGUUGAAAAUGUAUUUUUUCCAGUGUGUUAUUAAUGUAAUAAUAAAAGCCUUUUAAUUAAGAUACUAUGAUCAUAUGGUUUUGGCUGCAGCUCUACUACAUGGUAUAGUGAAAGAUGAUCUUACAACUGUCCCAGCAAUAUAUGCAUAUUUGUGCGUGCAUGUGUGUGUGUGUGCACAUGCGCUUGCGCAUGUGUUUGACUCUGCAACAGUGUAGUUGCAUUCUUUGAUGUUUAGCAAGAUGUUCAACAUUUUGUUACUAUUUUGUGUUUAUUCAAACUCAUUUCUUUCAUCUUGCGUCAACAUUAAAACAUCUUGUACAGUC